AUGUCACCACCUUCAAAUAAGAGACAAAAACUACUGAAAAAUGAAUAUACAGGCUAUGUAACAAAACCAAAUGAUAAAAUUGAUGAAAUUGAAAAUGAAACAUCACCAAUUGAAUUUUUUAAAAAUUAUAUAAGUAAAAGAAAACCAGUUAAAUUUAAUAAACAAUAUUUUAAAACUUGUUCAACUAACUCGGAUGGAGUAAUUUCAAAUUUAUCAAAAUUUAAAUUUAAAAAUUUAUUAAAUACUUUAAAUUAUAAUGAAGAUAUAAAUUUACAAAUUGAAGAAAAAUUUCAAGGUGGGUUUGGAUUAGGUAAAAAAAGACAAUAUAUGAAUAUUAUUGAAUUAUUUGAUGAAUUAGAAAAUGGUGAAAGAGAUAUUUAUUUAACUACUCAAUAUAAGAUUGGGAAUGAUAAUGAAGAUAAUGAUGAGGAUGAUAAAGUGAGGUUCGAUAAGGUCGCAGCCGAGUUGGAUGAUGAAGAGGAAGAAGAAGAUGACGAGGAUGAGGAUGAUGAACAAAUAAAGGUUGAAAACAUGUCUAAUACAUCAUCAAUUGAUAUGAAUAACUUGAAAGAUGAUUUUGAUGAUAUUGAAGACGAUUAUGAAGAAGAAGAAGAUAAUGAUGAUAAUAUACAUUUAGAAAAACAAAUUGAAUAUAAACAAAGAAUAGAAGAAUUAUAUCAACCACCAUUAACAAAUUUAGCAAAUUCAUCAAUAUUACCAACAAAUCCAACAAUAAUCCCCAAAUUAAUAACUCAACAGAUAAAUCUUUGGAUGGGGAAAAUAUCAACAAAUACAAAGUUCGACAUUGAUCUUUCAUCAUCAUUAGAAUCAUUAAAUAAUAAUAGAUCAAUUCCUUCAAAUGGUACAAGUUCAGGAUUACAUCAUGAUCAUGCUGAUAAUUUAUAUAUACUUGUUCAAGGUUUAAAAAGAUUUACAAUUUUUUCACCAAUUGAUUGUGAAAAUUUAUUUACUGUGGGGAAAAUUUUUAAAAUUUUUAAUAAUGGUAUUAUUGAUUAUGAUAAUUCUACAAAUUCAAAUUGGAAAUCAAUUAGAGAUGAUGGUGCUAUUAUUGAGGAGAUACUACAUUGGGAAAAAGCAAAAGCUACUGAUCCUAAAGAAAUUGAAAGAUUAGAUGAACUUAUAGCCAAACAUGAAGAACAACAAAAAUUAAAUAAAGAUGAAAAAGAAAAAAGUGAUUCAUCGAUUUCGAACGAUCCACCUAGUUUUUCAAAAAUUCCUCCUGCUUUAUUACAUCUUGAUGAAAUAUCAGAUCCAAAAAUUAAACAGCAUUUAGUUGAGUUUGCAAAUAAAUAUUUUCCUGGUUUUUUAAAAUUAAAUAAAAUGACUGUUUGGUUAUAUCCUGGUGAAAUGCUUUAUUUACCGGCAGGUUGGUUUCAUGAAGUUUCAAGUUUUGGUGAUGAUGACAAUGAUGAAGAUGAAGAAGAUAAUGAAUCUUUGAAAGAUAAAAUUGAAAAAUUUAAUGAAAAAUCUUCAAAUAUUCAUAUUGCUUUAAAUUACUGGUUUAUACCUCCAAAUAAUUUGGAUUUUAAUAAACCUUACCAGGAUUCUUAUUGGGAAGAAGAUUGGAAGAUAACUAAAGACGCACUUAAUGAAUUAGGGAAAAAUAUGCAUAGUUAA